GCUGAUCGGAUUCUGGAAAAGAAGAAAACAAAAUUGAAUCAAAAUCAAAAUCAAAAUCGAAGAAGAAGAAAGUAGAGGAGAGUGCAAAUUUGGAGUGAAUGGAGUUAGAGAGGAAAGCAGAGCAGAGUGCAAUCCAUGUAUUGAAUCACGAUCCUCAAUUGCAGCUAAUCAAUGGCUGCAAUGGGACGUCUCUACUUGUCUCCGAUUGUCUCUCUCUUAGACCUAAGGUUUCGCGUUUUGAUACCUCUUUCCAGAUUCUCAUAAACCCUUUUUCACCCCCUUCCUCUUUUGCAUCGAAUCUUCAGUCAUCAGCUGCUCUUCUUGUAUCUGCCACGAGAUACAGCUCCGGCGUUCCUCAGCUCUCUUGGCGCUUCUUUGAUAAGCUUAUGUUCGCGCUCUUCAACCUCACGAUGAUGGUAAUGUCGAGCUUCUUACUCUCCUUCCGUGAAGAGAUAUCUGAUACUCGCCAUGUUUCUCAUCAGUCGGGAGUUACUCUCUCGCAUGCUUCUUGAAUUUUUACUCCAGCAGUCUGAGAAGCAGUUCGUCUCCCCUCUUUACCCAAUUGACAACAACCGGAAAAUGCUUCGUUGCUUACUGAGUUGGGUGUGUUUCAUGUUUAUUUCUGUCCCGAUUUCACGCUGAUGUCUUUCCACAUUAUCAUUAGGUCCGUGCUGGUUGUUUCUCUGAGAUUCCACAGGACGCGGUGCCAUCACAUCCCCUUCUUAACUAUGUGU